GCGCCUCCACACCGUUCUCAUUAGCAUGGGGUAAUCCUGGUGGGGGUGGCAGGCGCCUUGGCUGGUUCCCCGGGACGUGCAAGGAAAAGGAGUAGUUUUCCUCGCCGGGUCGGCACAGCCUCCCCAGCGCACACCACGGUAAAAUGAACAAAAAUAAACCUGAUAACUCAAAAAGUCUUGCUUGUGUUUUCUGUCGAAAAAAUGAUGACUGUCCCAAUAAAUACGGAGAAAAGAAAACUUAUGAGAAAUGGAAUUUCAGUGUCCAUUACUACUGUUUGUUAAUGUCAAGUGGAAUUUGGCAGAGAGGUAAAGAAGAGGAAGGAGUUUAUGGCUUUCUAGUAGAAGACAUCAAGAAGGAGGUCAACAGAGCUUCUAAACUGAAGUGUACAGUUUGCAAGAAAAAUGGUGCUUCAAUUGGAUGUGUUGUACCCCAAUGUAAACGAAGUUAUCACUUCCCCUGUGGACUUCAGAAAGAAUGUAUUUUCCAGUUUACUGACAAUUUUGCGUCAUUUUGCUGGAAACAUCGUCCGGUUCAAGCGAUUACAUCUAAGUAUAGAGACUCUUUACCAUGUACCAUCUGUUUAGAAUUUAUUGAGCCCAUUCCUUCUUAUAACAUACUGCAAAGCCCCUGCUGUAAGAAUGCUUGGUUUCACAGAGACUGUUUACAGGUGCAAGCAAUAAAUGCAGGAGUGUAUUUCUUUAGGUGUACACUAUGCAAUAAUACCGACAUCUUUCAGAAAGAGAUGUUGAGAAUGGGAAUUCAUAUUCCUGAAAAAGACGCAUCCUGGGAAUUAGAAGAAAAUGCCUAUGAAGAACUGCUGCAGAGCCAUGACCGCUGUGACGUUCGAAGAUGUCACUGCAAAGAAGGGCGAGACUAUAAUGAACCGAAUAGCAAAUGGGAAGUAAAGCGCUGUCACUGUUGCGGUUCGAGUGGGACCCACUUAGCCUGCUCCUCUCUACAGUCAUGUGAACAAAACUGGGAGUGUUUGGACUGUAGAAGAAUCAGCUACAAUCCAGAUUUCCGAAAGGCCUCCAAACACCCAUUAGCCAACUCUACUAAUGUGACCGUUACUGAUUGCCUGUUGGAAGAGUCCUCACCCAAGCUCCCCAGACAGUCACCUGGAGCCCAGCAUAAAGAAUUACUGAGACUAAAGCAAGAGGUUCAAUUAUCAAGCAUACUGUGUCCCUCUAUAAAAACGUCCUGUUUAACACAAAGGCAAGGCAACAAAUUUAGGAGAGACAUUUCAACAAUAUUGGUAGAGUUAGGAGCCCAAAUUAAAAAGAAAGCUAAGAGAUUAUACAUCAACAAAGCCAGUGUGUGGAAGAGUGCCUUAGAGCAGUUCCAAAGCCAGAGGUUUAACCCUUCAUGCACCAUUGAAGUAGUAUAUGUUAAUGAAAAUGAAAAAUUUGGAAGAGAGCAUCCUGGAUCAAAGCAGGAAUUUCUGAGUCACUUAAUGCAACAUCUUGAGACUUCACCUUUGUUUGAAGGGCCCUUGUCAAAGAACUUGACUCUAAAUUCUCAAGCUCUCAAAGAGAACCUUUACUAUGAAGCUGGCAAAAUGCUUGCCAUUUCUUUAGUUCAUGGUGGCCCUGCACCCGGCUUCUUCUCUGAAACUUUGUUUAACUGUCUUGCUUAUGGACCAGAAAAUACUCUUCCAAUAUUGGAUGAUGUUUCAGACUUUGAUGUGGCACAAAUUAUAAUCAAGAUAAAUACCGCAGCCAAUUUGAACAGUUUGAACUCAGUAAUAAACGAAUGCUAUAGCUACCUAGAAGUUAUUGGAUGUUUAAGACUUAUAACAACAUUGAGUGAUAAAUAUAUGUUGGUAAAAGACAUCCUUUUCUACCAUGUAAUUAAGAGAGUCCAAGCACCCUUUGAGAGUUUUAAGCAGGGUCUGAAAACGCUUGGUGUUUUAGAGAAAAUUCAAACUUACCCAGAAGUAUUUUAUAACAUCCUUUGUCAUAAACCUGAGAAUCUUUCUGCAAAAAUCCUUAGUGAUCUUUUCACAGUCCAGGGAUUACCAGAUGUACAAACUUUGAGAUUUUGGAACAGUUACUUACAGGCUAUAGAAGAUGGUAAAUCGGCAACAACAAUGGAAGACAUUCUUAUUUUUGCAACUGGAUGUAGUUCCAUCCCACCUGCUGGAUUUAAACCCUCUCCUUCAAUUGAAUGUCUACAUAUCGAUUUUCCUGUUGGAAACAAAUGUAACAACUGUUUAGCUCUACCAAUCACCAACACAUAUAAAGAGUUUCAGGAAAAUAUGGAUUUUGCCAUAAAAGACGCUCUAAGACUAGAAAAGGAAGAAGAGUCUCGCUCACUCCCUUGGACAUUAAAGGAUACUUCUAAUGAAGAAAUGCUUCUUUAAAGGCUGCUAUUAAUAACUGUAUCUAUCAAUCAUCACUUUUGAACAUUCUGGCCAGCUUAUUGGCUCAAUAAAAUUUAUGUCUCUCUUCUAAAGGGAUGUUUUGGCUUCUGAACCACGGAGGGUUUGGUCAAGACAUUCUGGUGGUAUUUGGUGAUAGCUUUCUGUUACUGUGCUUUCUUUAUGACGUCAGUGUAAAUAUUCUUCCAAUGGUUGUGCGAACUGUUCAGCUGUACAGGUGUUCCGCUAUGUCAGCAUGAUAUAAGAAACCCUGGGUCCUCGCUUUUCAAGUUAGAUUCACUGGUGUAGAAUGAACGACACAGCUUUUGCGGUUUUCCAUUUUUUUGUUUGUUUGUCUCUUUUUUGUUAUUUGUUUUUCUCUACAUAGCCCUGGUUGUCCUGCUACUGGCUAUGUGGACAAGGCUGUCCAAUUUCUAUAUUUUAAAGCAUUAAAUAGAAAAGUUGGAAAGUCAUCUCAUAAAUCAGAGAUAUGGACAUGCUUUUCUAUGAUUUAAAUGUUUUUGUAAUUAAGUGACCAAUCCAACAAUUAAGUACCGACUAGUUGGAAAUCCUGUAUAAAAAGCAGAGCUAUACAAAUAACUCUGGAAUUUAUGGGUACUGCUGAUAUGUUUGCAGGUGUACUUUUAAAUGCCUUAGAAAGUACAUCUUGUUCAAUGCCUUGUAUAGUCAGUGUGUCUCACAUGUCUGAACAAUGUCUGACUGUCGUGGUUUGGCUACAUUACAGCUAUUUAUUAUCAAGAUUGUUGUACGAUUGGUAAGAUCUUACCAUAGCAUUCUAUAUUUACUUUCUUUGCUUUCAAAAGUUACAUUGUAUAAGCAAUAAAUAAAUAAUUUAAAACUACAAAUAGUUAAAAAAAAAGAAACAAAAACAAACUCUAAUUUUGCCCAUAGAUAUGUGUAAUGUAUUUUGUAUAUUCUUUAUAAACUAUUUAUUUUUCGAUUUUUAUUGUUUUUGUGAUAGGGUGUGUCUGUUCUAAAUCUGCAGUCCUCCAGCCUUAGUCACUUAGAUGCUGGGGUUGUGAUGUACACCAAUGUUCUCAGCAAUGGUUAUUCUUUUGACUAGAUGAAUAAUACAGAAGGAACAGGGAAUCGCGUACUUAAGGCAGCGCAAGAUAUACAUAGUCUCUCGCAGGGCCUCAUGGCACACACCUGCAACCCAUGCUCUUGGGAGGCUAAGUCAGGAGGAUCGGGAGUGACAGAACAAUUUUAAGGCCACUGUGGGCUACAAGAGACCCUGCCUUGACAGAUAAGUGGAGGAGCCACUCACAGUAACGUCUUCAUAUGUGGCCUUACAAAUCUAGUGCCCUAAUCUAUUAUAAAAUAUAAGGAAGACGAAGCCCCAAGUUUCACUUUAAAGUAUCAUGGGAGUUUAAGGGGGGAAAAAAAACAGAGCCGAUUUGAUAUUGGUAAUGUGCUUCUUAAUGCCAAAGGAAAAAACUCAAAUGUAAUCAUAGUAUCAUUUUGUUUGUUACCUCAGAACCUAAUAAAGUUCCUUUUUUUUUUUUUCAAACUUGAGCAUACAGCA